GUUCUGGGCAGUGAGUGGCACACCACAGGAUCCCCUGCUGUCUCGGGAGGAUCUGAAGACAUGAAGCUGCUUCAGGUUCUCCUUGUUUUGCUGUUUGUGGCACUUGCAGAUGGUGCACAGCCCAAAAGAUGUUUUAGCAACGUAGAAGGCUACUGUAGGAAGAAAUGCAGAUUAGUGGAGAUAUCUGAGAUGGGAUGCCUGCAUGGGAAAUACUGUUGUGUUAAUGAGCUGGAGAACAAAAAGCACAAGAAGCACUCAGUCGUUGAGGAGACAGUCAAACUCCAAGACAAGUCAAAAGUACAAGACUAUAUGAUCCUGCCCACGGUCACAUACUACACCAUCAGUAUCUGAAUGAACCACUUGUUCACGAAGGCCGUUGUCCCCUGCAGCCCCAUGGAAUCCAGUGGGCUGCUUCUGUCCUGUCUCUUUCCUUCUGUGAACUUGAGUCUGCACACAAUAAAGUUCGACCCUUUUGCCUGUA